GCAAAACAAGUGACUUCAAAUCAAACGUAUUUGAAUUGGUUUAUUCUAUAGAUUUAAUAGUGUCAGCAUUGUUGAAUUUUGAAAAUGCAACUUAAAGAUGAAAAUAAAAAGGACUCAGCAGAAAUUAUUUUCGCUGAUGAUGAUUUGCCUUAUGAAGAGGAAAUUUUAAGAAAUCCAUAUUCAGUGAAACACUGGCUAAGAUAUAUUGAUCAUAAGAAAACAGCACCUAGGUAUGGGGUUAAUAUAAUAUAUGAACGAGCUUUAAAAGAAUUACCGGGUUCUUAUAAACUCUGGUAUAAUUAUUUACGUAUACGAAGAAAACAAGUGAAAAGCCGCUGUAUUACAGAUCCUGGGUAUGAAGAAGUUAAUAAUGCAUUUGAACGUGCCUUAGUAUUUAUGCACAAGAUGCCAAGAAUAUGGAUGGAUUAUUGUACAUUUUUAACUGACCAGUGCAAAAUUACAAGAACCAGAAAAGUAUUUGACCGUGCUUUAAGAGCAUUACCUGUAACACAGCAUUAUAGAAUUUGGCCGUUAUAUUUAAAAUUUGUUAAGAAGCAUAAUAUAUCUGAAACUGCUCUAAGAGUUUUUCGUAGAUAUUUAAAACUAUCCCCUGAAAAUGCUGAAGAAUAUGUUGAUUACUUAACUGAAACUGGAAAACUUGAUGAAGCUGCAUUAGUAUUGGCAAAGAUUGUCAAUGAUGAAAAUUUUAUUUCACAACAUGGAAAAUCUAAACAUCAAUUAUGGAAUGAGCUGUGUGAACUUAUCUCUAAAAACCCUGACGAAGUUCGAUCAUUAAAUGUAGACGCUAUUAUUAGAGGAGGUUUGAGACGUUAUACAGAUCAAUUAGGGCAUUUGUGGAAUUCGCUCGCGAAUUAUUAUGUCCGCAGUGGUUUAUUUGAAAGGGCAAGGGAUAUAUAUGAAGAAGCUAUUCAAACCGUUACCACAGUUCGAGAUUUCACUCAGAUAUUUGAUGCAUACGCACAAUUUGAGGAACUAAGUUUAAGUAAAAGAAUGGAAGAAGUUGCCAAUUUAACCAAUCCUACCGAAGAGGAUGAUACUGACUUAGAAUUAAGGUUGGCACGUUUUGAGCAUUUAAUGGAAAGAAGAUUGCUACUUUUAAAUUCUGUUUUGCUUAGGCAGAACCCCCAUAAUGUACAAGAAUGGCAUAAAAGGGUACAACUCUAUGAAGGUAAACCUCAUGAAAUUAUUAAUACUUAUACUGAAGCCGUUCAGACUGUUGAUCCAAAAUUAGCUGUUGGGAAACUGCAUACUCUUUGGGUGGAAUUUGCAAAAUUUUAUGAAAAUAAUGGACAAAUCGACGAUGCAAGAUUAAUUUUUGAAAAAGCAACUCAUGUUCCUUUUGUAAAGGUUGAUGAUCUAGCUACUGUUUGGUGUGAAUGGGCAGAAAUGGAAAUUAGAAAUGAAAAUUAUGAGGAAGCUCUAAAAUUAAUGCAUAAGGCCACUGUUUUACCUUCCCGUAAAGUAGCCUAUCAUGACGACAGUGAGACUGUUCAAGCAAGGCUGUACAAGUCACUUAAGGUUUGGUCUAUGUAUGCUGACUUAGAAGAAAGCUUUGGUACUUUUAAAUCGUGUAAAGCUGUCUAUGAUAGGAUUAUCGAUCUCAAAAUAGCUACGCCUCAGAUUAUAAUAAACUAUGGAGUAUUUCUUGAAGAAAACUGUUAUUUUGAAGAGGCUUUCCAAGCAUAUGAAAAGGGUAUUUCCUUAUUUAAAUGGCCAAAUGUUUAUGAUAUAUGGAACACAUAUCUAACAAAAUUCUUAAAACGCUACGGAGGAAGUAAAUUAGAAAGAGCUAGAGAUUUAUUUGAACAGUGUCUUGAAAAUUGUCCUCCUCAGUUUGCUAAACAUUUAUACUUGUUAUAUGCUAAAUUGGAAGAAGAAUAUGGAAUGGCUAGGCAUGCUAUGGCUGUUUAUGAGAGAGCAACAAAGGCUGUACCUGAACAAGAAAUGUUUGAAGUAUUCAAUAUAUACAUUAAACGAGCUGCCGAAAUUUAUGGGAUCCCCAAAACCAGACAGAUUUAUGAAAGGGCAAUUGAAGUAUUACCAGAAGAUAAAACCAGAGAUAUGUGCAUACGGUUUGCUGAUAUGGAAACUAAACUAGGGGAAAUUGACCGAGCUAGAGCUAUUUACGCACAUUGCAGCCAAAUCUGCGAUCCUAGAGUUACAAAUGAAUUUUGGCAAAUUUGGAAAGAAUUUGAAGUUAGGCACGGAAAUGAAGACACGAUGCGGGAAAUGUUGAGGAUAAAACGUAGUGUGCAGGCUAUGUAUAAUACACAGGUUAAUAUGAUGUCAGCUCAAAUGCUGAGUUCGGCAAGUUCUAUAGCAGGAACUGUGGCAGACUUGGCACCAGGCGUUAAGGACGGUAUGCGAUUAUUAGAAGCGAAAGCAGUAGAAAUGGCAGGUACAUCUGCAACGACUGCCAAGCCGGGAAAUAUAAUGUUUGUCAGGGGCGAGACUCAAGGAAAUGCUAAAGAUAAGGUAGUGAAUCCUGAUGAAAUAGAUAUUGAUGAAGAUGACGAAGAUGAAGAGAUGGAAGAGGAUGUGCCAGUAGAAAAACAAAAUAUUCCAUCAGAGGUGUUUGGAAGUCUGAAAAAGCAAGAUGAAGAUGACUGAAUUGUAGUUGUAAGAAAAGUAAGAAUUCCAACUGUUUCUAGAGGGUGUCGGGAAACAAAGAGUUAAAACAUUAAGAGACAUUUUAACUCAUAAAAAUAAUGGUGCAAGUUCCUAUGAAACUUUUCUUUUUUAAAACACGUUAUUCACAAGUUAACAUAAUCUCAAAGUAGUUUUUUUUAUUAAUAUUUUAUAUAUUCUGGUUAAGCAAUUUUUUCCCAGUUUAUUAAACUUAUUACAGGCAAUAAAUUGCAUCUACAAAACUAAAUAAAUAAAUAAAUAAACAAAUUGCAGAGCCCUUUGAAAUCAACUUGUUCUCUGUAUCAUUUCCAACCUUUUUAAUUAUUUAUUUUUUUGUUAGUUGAAACUUUUUUAAAACUUGUAACAAAACUCAUAAUAGCACUUUUGGAUGUAACUUUUAAAUUUUUCUAAUAAUUAAAUAUCCUGUAUAUAGAGGUUGUUAGAUCUCCGGGAUUUGAUGGUAGCAGGGAAUUUUUAUUUUUUAUUUUCUCACACAUUUACAAAUAAAGAAGAGCUUCCUCUUCAAGACAUUGUUGGACACACUGUAUUAUUUUAGAAAACAUUUUCUUUUAUAUUUAAAUUCGGCUUCAUUUAUACUGAAAUGUAAAGAAAUUUUAACUGUUUUAAGGGUGCCCCAAAAAAUUAAAUGUUUUUUUUUUCAGAACUAGUCAUUGUUAUCGAUGUAUGACUUUUCAAUGGUCUUGAAAACUAAGCUGUUUAAUUUUAUGAAAAAUUGGAAGAAAGAAGUUUUUUAGGCUUCAGAAUUUUGGAGAAUUUUUUUCAUGAGUAUAGUUUAUUACCAAUAAUACAAAUUAUAAAGGACACACAAUUAAAAAAUAACAAAUGGGAAAAAAGUUAUCCCAAGAUGUUUAUUUAAGAAAAAUAAUAUUUUGAGGUUUAAGUUGAGUUUCAUAGGAAAUUAUUCUUAUUCGUUAAAUCACUUCUUAAAUUUUUUGCUUACAGUUCCCACAUAUCCUCCAUCAUAUUAGAAUAUAAAACUAAACUUAACUGUAAAACAAAUAGAAAAAAUAUUGUGAUAAUAAAUAGUAAAAAGUAA